CUUCCUCCUCCGAUAUCACCACCCAUCUGUCCAUCUCUCCUCAGCUUCCCCUGGAUCAUCGGGCCCAGCCCCGUCGUCGUUCAUGGCCACAAACCCUGUGAAUGGAGGCCAGAACAAUGCCCCCCCAGCCGUCAAGAUUUCAGCUCCAACGAAUGGUUGGACCCGGAAAGACAGGCCGUGUGACGCGUGCAGGCGCCGCAAGAGUCGAUGUAUAAUCCCUCAAGAUGCCGAAGCCUGUAUAAUAUGCCAGUCGCGCUCCGAAGAGUGCACCUUUGUUGAGACGCCACAACGGAGGAAGAGGAGGAAAUUGGAUGAUGAAGCAAGCCCAGAUGCAUCAAAACUGCGAUCACCGGCCGCUGAAAAAAAUGCUCACGCUAUACCACCACCAAUCGACGACUAUGCCGCUCUCCCAGGCCCAUCACUCCUGAAGCAAACCCUGGGUCUUCAAAACCGGCAACAUAGCAACUAUCUUGGCCAGACAACCGAGUACGAUAUACGUCUCAUCAACCUCUCGCCAUUCAAUGGCAGGGGAGAAUAUGUCAGUACACCCGGGACUUUACGCCGCGUGGAUGACGAAAUCGCAAACCUUGAUCUCGUUGAUAGUAUUGUAAAGCCAUACGGACGCGCUUUGGUCGAUCUGUAUUUUCGAAUCAUCCAUCCAAGUUUCCCGAUUAUGCACAAGAAGGUCUUCCUGGAGAAAUAUGAUCGCUCGUAUCGAGAGUUUACACCUCCGGUCCUUGCAGCCGUUUACAUUCUAGCAUUGAAUUGGUGGUCAUACAGUCCGGAGUUGGUCAAUCUCCCAAAGCCUGAUGUUUCAAAAUUGGAGAAACUCGUACCUAGCUUGAUGAGCAAUGUCUUGAAUCGCCCUAAGUUGUCAACGGUACAAGCUGGACUACUGUUACUUCAAAGACCUGAUGGUGACUCUUGGGCCCUGACAGGGCAGCUUGUUGCCCUGGCACAGAAUCUCGGCCUUCAUCUGGAUUGCUCGCAAUGGAGAAUCCCAGAAUGGGAACGCAGUCUACGAAAGAGACUGGCAUGGGCAUUAUUCAUGCAAGAUAAGUGGGGAGCCUUGAUACAUGGCCGGCCGCCCUUUAUACACCCCGAGGAUUGGGCAGUGAGACCUGUAGAAGCGAGAGAUUUUCCGGAAACAUCCGAGGACGAUGACGAUGAGGAGGGGAGCUUGGAGAUUGAGAAGGGAAGACUAACCUUCAUCCACAUGAUUUCACUGACCGAAAUUCUAACGGACAUCUUGAGUACAUUUUUCACGUUGCGGGCAACUGCAAAUCUAGAAAGGGAACAGGAGAAUGCCAUGAUUGUGACACUGGAGAAAGCUAAACCUAUCCAACUAAGACUGAAAGAAUGGUAUUCAAAGUUGCCUCAAUGUCUGGCAAUGGGGCAGACCAAAGCAAGAAAACUAUGUUCCACAGGCUCUCUUCAUCUUGCAUACUUCGCUACAGAGGUCACCUUACACCGAGCAAUCAUUCGAUUUGAUUACACGAGUAUGGACGAUAAUCUUCGAUCAAUCACCCGUGCAGCUGCAAAAAUGCGAUUUGUGUCGGCCGUGGACUUUGUAAACAAGCUCGAACCAGCACAUCUUCAAAGCUUCUGGUACUUUGCGUCCAAGGUGAACUUGGCCAUCAUUGCGACCUUUGGGUCACUCUUAUGGGCCACUAGCGACAACCCAGAAGAAGCCGAAUUCUACAAGUCCCAGCUCGCCUCAUAUAGAUGGACAUUAAGGGUCAGCAGCAAGGCAACAGAGUUUAUGAAAUUCACCGUUGGUAUGCUGGAUUCAAGUGUUGUGUUUUUGAAAGAUGGGGCUUCAAAGAUACAGACUCCCGGUCUUCUCAGUCGAGAUCAAAGCCAUCAGACUGGGAAAGAGGAUGCCAAGGAUGAUCAAGAGACAGAUAGGGGAAAUGAAGACAAAGCAGAUGAUGCACAGGUUGAUCAGACGAUGUACAGCUCCAAGCAGAAUUAUGCUGGCAUGAAUGAGGUCUCUCCAAGUGUUGGUAAUUCGACGGAAAACGCAUACCCAUGUGAGGCGGAAUUUCCUACUGCCGGAUUCCUUACAGCCGAUUCAAGGCCACCUUGGUCAGGAAUGUCGGACACAGUCAACUUUACGGCUGGCGAUAUUCAAGAUUGGUCACUCGACCAGCUGUACAACUUCCAGAACAUGCAAGGGGCUGAAGACGUUCUUCGGAAUCGAAGGAUCAUCGAGGAGUACGAUGAGACUGUGAAUAAGUUUGCGGGGUUUUGAGGUAAUCUCGUGAGAAUAUUCACUGUAUUUGGGCCAUACAAUAUAUACCCACGCUCCGAGGUAUAUCUGUACAUCCUCGCAAGCCUGUAUACGAUGACGGAAUCGC